ACCCGGCCAUCUCAGCCUUUGACACGAGAGAGUUGCCCGUUUCCCCCGCAUUCCAACACCGACUGCGCACUGGGCCCGCGCAGCCUGAAUCGCAAAUUACUGCUCAUUUGGGCUGUAACACCAACCGCCGCAUACGAGCCAUGGCAUCGGCGACGCCAGCCCACACCGAACAGGCUCCCCAGAGGCCUCUCUCUUUCGCAAAGGUCGCGGCCUCUGCCAUGAAGCCUCCAAUGUCGAAAGAUUCCGCCCCCAAAGCGAGACCACCUGUUGCGACACCUCGUGUACCUGCCAUUGCUCAGAAGCCGCGCUCUAUUCCUACAAAUGGCGACAUUCCAAAGGCGCCUGCGGAGAAGCAACAGAGCAUUAACACGAGCAAGAGCGCUGGAAAUGCCACCUCGCAGCCCGUGCCGCCAGUUGACACAGCAGCCUCCUCGCCGGCACCCCCCGUCGAUGUCAAGGCGGAAGCUGCUGACAGGCCUCAGUCUGCUGCGAUUGUCAAGUUGUCUGCUACAGAAGAUAGCAACACCCAGCUAUCUUCGUCUGAUGGAUCAGGAAAGCCGCCCAGUAUCGAUGGAAAGAGCGUCGCCUCUGCGACGACAUUUGCACUGGACGAAAAAGAGUCUUUGCGACCGGAUGACAGCGCUAGCCUGAGGGCGGUCGAGGAAGAGGACAUUAUAUCGCCUCCAGACUCAGUCAUUGCAGAUUCCCGACAGGGAUCUGAUCAUGGUGCCGCGCGCGCCUUUCGGGACCAGCUGCAGGAGAUAGCUGUGAUGAAUCCCCAGCCUCAUCGAGGAGUUCCCCCAGGAAGAUUUCCGCCUAUACCCAAUGGGUCCCAGGCCUUGUACGACCCUAACCAGUCGCUGAACGGCACAGGGCCCAUGUCCCAGCCUCUGCCAAACAGCAUGGCUGCGCACAAUGGCGCGCCCAACAUGCCCGCUAUCCCAGACGAGAAGCUACUCGAGGCUCUGCGUUCUCCUCGAGACCGUCUGUUUGUGGUCAAGAUUGAACAAGACUUUAUCGAUUUCAUCAAGGACUCUCGUGAGAACGAAUUGUGCCUACCUAACUGCAACACUUUCUACAGGAUGCUUGCGCAUCGUCUUGCCGACUACUAUCUGCUUGGCCAUGUGGUUGAUACUACCAUGACGGGUGUUAAGAUCACGCGUACGCCUUAUUGUAGGAUCCCCCCGCCCGUGUCACAAAUGGUUGAUCCCGCAAAGGGAACCAAUACUCCUCCUGUAGAGCUUCCUGCUCGCAAGAUUAUGCGUCGUGACGAUGGCAAGUCUGGAAACAACACUGCAGCCAACUCACAGAAUGCGUCAAAGACGACGUCUGAAAUGGGUGGCAGUGAGGGUAGCAACGACGGUGAAGCCACCAAAGACAAGACUGCUCUAUCUCGAGAAGAGCGCGAGGCGCGUUAUCGAGAAGCGCGUCAACGUAUUUUUGGCAGCGCUGAAAGUGAAGAGACUGAUGCAACCGAAGGCAAUGGGUCAGGAGAAGAUAAGGAGAAAGGAAAGGAUGUCUCGAGGUCAAGCUCUACUGCUGGGAAGAAGAAGCCCAAGAAGCAGCGCAACUACGACGACGACGACUUUCAGGCUCGGUCCCGGUUCAACGUGUACUACCCACAGCAGUACCCUGUUGCUGCGUACGCUGGAGAUAAUGCUGUUUAUUAUAACGGCUUCCCAGGCCCUACGCAGAAUGCCCCGUUUGCGGCCAUGAACCCUGGAGCCUCUCCCUCAACCACGUACAGCAGCCCGUAUCCUGGUAUGAUGAACCCAGAUGCGCAGCCGCAGUAUGGGUGGAACGGACAGCAGUACCAGGCCUCCAACGGGUCAAUGAUGAUGUACCCCGGCUACGGACAAGCACAGAAUGGUUAUGACCUGUCGACAGACUUUCAGCGGGGCAUGUCAUCAUUUCAGAACGCCGGUCUCCCAUCUCAGGUGACGCCCAAAAUGGCGAAUCCACAAAUGGCAUCCUACCCAGACACGUACCAGCAACCUCAGCAUAUGCCUGUGAAUCCAGGAUGGCCACAGGCCAAUCAGCAGCCCCCAUAUCAAAUGGCACAGAAUGCGUACGGUGCUCAGAACGGACCGGGCAAUCGCCCAAUGUCUGCGCCUCAUCAGCCCCCAAUGCCCGGCUACCCCUACGGCCAAUUUCCUUCCAACGCAUACAAUGGCAAGCCAAACCGCAACCAGCAUCCUAUCCCUGGAAGCUACAACCGUGGGCAGUUUAACCCACAAACUCAAGCAUUUGUGCCUGGUGGACGCAACAUGCCUUUUGGAAUGCAGCCAAACAUGAUGCCAGGACAGCCACAGAUGAAUGGCUAUGGUGGAUAUCAAAUGUCUGCUCAAACCUCGAUGCCUGCCCAGAUGCCAAGGUCCAGCCCUUCGGCUACUUCAACACCGCCGUUCGGAUCACCUCAGAGCAUGCAGGGCAAUAUGUCUGCUCCUUCGAUGAAUCGAAUUACAUCGCAACCAGGUGAUCCAGGUUCUUCACAAAGCAGCAUCGCCAAAUACGGCACGCCUGCACACCUACCUGCAAAGCCUCCUGCCCCCGCACCAGCACCGCCAUUCGCCCUCCCUUCGAUGACACGAGUGCCGUCUUCUGGGCUCGCUAACAGCGCCCCUAACAUGGCCGCGCGAGCAGCACCGGCGUCUUUCAACAACAACACCAACAAUAACAACACUAAUUGACGUUUGAUGACAUGACCUUUAGCAUUGCGACGGUGCUCCUAUCCUACCUUUUGCAUUUUUCCUCGACGAUGGGUAAGGCAAGAAUGGGAAGAAAAACGUUGGGCGUUUGUCUGACCUUUUUGUCUUUCUGAUUUGCAGCUGCAUAUCAAGGAUUCGUCGGCGUUUUUAAUACCUGAAAUUUCGUCCUUGACUUUGGCUUGUUGGGAUGUUGACAAAAGGGGUCUCUCUUCUGGGUCACUGGGGCGUCGGCAAUAUCUAUGUAGCUUAAACGAAAUUGAAACCAUGUCUGAAUGUUGAGAAUUGGUUGGUUGUGAUGUCUGCAUGUUUUGGUGGAUCGAGGAGUAAAGCGCGGC